CGUUUUCAUUCUCAGGGAAAGUUCCUUGGCUUUAUCCACACCCAUGGUUUUCUCUAGGCUCAAGUUGGCAUAAAAAGCGGGAUUAGUGCCGCCCCGGGCUCGGAUUAGUACCCUAAGGCAGCAACGAUGUGUGAGUGUGACGCAGCAAACUGAACGGAAAGGUGUCCGUUUCAUGUGCAGAAAUAGGCGCCUUCUGAUAAGACCGGCAACUAAUCUGGCCAUUUGCACCCGGGGUUGGGGUCGGUAGCCUUCCACAAUUCCAUCUGUGCGCCUCCAUCCCUUUUGCUUCUCAGCUAUGCUUGCCUAGAUCAUGCUCCUGCUUCCUCAAAACAAUGCUUUUGCUUGGUGCCUCCAGGACCCUUCACUGGAUUGAACUAAGAAAGCUCGCGACAGUGCCUGUUGUGGUGGCAGUGGCACUAAACAGCUGGAGGAAGAGCCCCCUUGAUCAUGGGUGCUCUUUGUGAUUUUUGCGGGGAGCAAAGGCCAACAAUUUAUUGCCGAUCGGAUGCCGCAUCCUUAUGCUUAUCGUGCGACCGUAAUGUGCAUUCGGCUAACACCCUUUCCCAGCGACAUAUGAGGACCCUUCUGUGUGAUCGUUGUGCUUCACAGCCUGCAGCAGUCCGGUGUCUUGAAGAGAACACCUCACUUUGCCAAAACUGUGAUUGGAGCGGGCAUGCCGCAACAUCCAUGGCUGCCGGGCAUCUAAGGCAGACCAUAAACUGCUACUCGGGGUGCCCAUCAUCAGAAGUGCUGGCAAGAAUCUGGUCCUUUGAUUUUGAUGCCCCUUCUGCAGCUGCUGAGCCGAACUGUGAGGAAGGAAUAAGCAUGAUGAGCAUUAAUGACAGUGGUGUCAGUAACCAUUGUGGCGUUCAACAGGAUUGUAGCUUGCUGGAUAUAGCUAACUCAUCACUCAUGAGUGAUCCGCCCACUAGCGAGAAGCUUAAAUCUGAAGACGAAAUGAAUCUUCAACCACUUCCUACGCAUCAGCCUGCUCAAUCAGUUUCUAUGGCACCUAAGGUACCCAGUGUAACAGAUGACGAUAUGUUCAAUGAUGGCAGAAUAUAUGAAAACUUCUGUGUGGAUGAUAAUGACCUGACAUUUGAGAAUUAUGAAGAACUGUUUGGUACUCCACACGUUCAGACAGAGCAACUAUUUGAUGAUGCUGGAAUUGACAGUUUCUUUGAAUUGAAGGAAAUGCCAGCUGCUGAUUGUGACCAGCAGCUCAACCCCAUGCGACCCAAAUGUAGCAACGCGGUAUCUGCUGAUUCCAGUCUUUGUGUUCCUGCAAGGCAGGCCAUAUCUACUAUUUCCCUCUCGUUCUCUGGUUUGACUGGUGAGAGCAAUGCUGGAGAUCACCAAGAUUGUGAGGUAUCACCACUGCUCCUUAUGGGCGAGCAACCCUGGCUUCCUCCUGGUUCUGAAGGAUCAUCUGCCGGUGGUAGCAGAGGUAGCGCUCUCUCACGGUACAUGGAGAAGAAGAAGAGAAGAAAAUUCGACAAGAAGAUCAGGUACGCUUCUCGCAAGGCCAGGGCAGACGUGAGGAAGAGGGUCAAGGGCCGGUUCGUGAAAGCGGGCGAAGCAUACGACUACGAUCCGCUCAGCGACACACGAAGCUACUGAAGCCCAAACGCCAUUGGCAAUAUCAUCCAGUGUCAGACUAGCAACAAUUAUAAACUUGAGCAGCUCAUGUGGUGUUGCUCGCACUAAGCAAGAGCGCAUGCAGGGGAGCACUAGCACUUGUGCCGGACAGCGCAACCGGAAAAAGCGCUAAAAAACACACCAGCUGGUGAGUUGGAAAAUACUACAGAUAGAGAAGCUGCAAAUACGCAGGAAGUCCAUGCUAUGCCGCUGCUCCAUUUUCUUUCUCCUUGGAAGUGGACGGAGCGUGCGUGCAUAUAUCAUUUCCUUCUUGGUGGGUGGUUUCGAUCACUCUCCACCAUCUGCGCAUUAAUCCACUACGAUUACAGGGACUAGUCCUCCCAGCUCACCACCCACCGCAUGCGUGGGCAUAUACCUGCCACUGCUUCCGUGUGCGGUGCGCUGGCUGCCAGGUCCUUGAUUAAUUAUACUCGUGUACUUAGUUUCUUCCUGUGACAUUAUUUGUUUAUGACGCAGGCGCUGGCAGCCUUGUUUUAAAACGAACUGCGGUGCUUGUUAUAACUUGUAAAGUCUGUUCCUGUAAUUUAAAAGAUGCUGGGUAUGAAGUGGAAGCUUCCAUGUAUGUCAGCAUGUCGA